GUCACAUUUGGGCGCCAGUAGAGGAAGCAAAACAGAUCAGAAGCAGAAUAAUAAUUGAUUAUUGAUCGGAACCUGCUUACAGACUCAGAAGAAAGGUCGAACCGGAGCCGGAACCGGACCGGUUAGAACCCAGACCGUUAGAGUCUGUCGAUCCUCACCGCUCUUCUACUUCCGGCACCAACCUCUGAGCGCAGCCAUGAGCUCCCGGGUGUGCCGGACCUGCGGGGGGUCCGACAUCGAUGUCGACCAGGCCCGGGGAAGCGCGGUGUGCACGGGCUGCGGCUCGGUUCUGGAGGACAACAUCAUCGUGUCGGAGGUCCAGUUUGUGGAGGGAAGCGGAGGAGUUUCAUCCGCCGUGGGACAGUUCGUCUCCGCAGACGGUCCAGUUAAAGCUCCUCUCCUUGGUUCUGGUUUCCACACCGGCGUUGGGAAGGAGUCCAGAGCUCAGACGCUGCAGAACGGUAAACGUCAGAUCCAGCACCUGGGCAGCCAGCUGCAGCUCAACCAGCACUGCCUGGACACGGCCUUCAACUUCUUCAAGCUGGUGGUCAGCAAACACCUGACCAGAGGACGCAGGACGGAGCACGUCAUCGCCGCCUGCCUCUACCUGGUGUGCCGCACUGAAGGGACGCCUCAUAUGCUGCUGGACCUCAGCGACCUGCUUCAGGUGAACGUCUACACCCUGGGAAAGACCUUCCUGCUGCUGGCGCGGGAGCUGUGCAUCAACGCGCCCGCCAUCGGUGAGACUUCCUGCCCCGAUCAUGUGACCCGCCCGCCUGAGGUCACAUUUAGCUCAAACAGGAUGUGAUUAGACCUAAACAAGGACUGUGGUGCCUAAAAAACUGAAAUUCAAAAAUCAUUACAACUUUAAAAAGUGAUCAAAUUAAAGGAAAGUCCUUCCUGUAUCUAGGGGGACCUCUGGUGGCAGCUGCAGGAAAUUA